AUGGCUGCCGCCAGAGGAAAGCCCGUCGGCUCUGCGGCCUGGAUUUCUGGGGAAAAGGAAAAUGUGACGCGCUUGGUCGAGCAAGAGCUCGAAGAAGUCGAGUUCCCUGUCCGCCACGAACUCGAUUGGCUCAAUGAGCACAUGGCCGAGAUCUUCUCGAACAAUCAAUUUAACAUGACCGAGCUUCUCAAAACACCAGGCAAGAUGAGAGGCAAAACGCCUCGCACGGCACGCAAGCGCAAUCCAGACGAAUCUCGUGUGCCUCUGAAUGAGAUAUUCACAUCCUCGAACCAGAAGCCUAAAGUACCUUCAAAAUUUACUGCUGCUCUCGAGAAGACGGCUACAAUUUCGAAACCAUCCACCAAACCAUCAGAAAAACCAGUUUCGAAACCAGCUGAGGAGCAAUUCGAUAAGAAACCUGUCGAACCAAACCAGAAAACAAUCGCGCCAUCUGGACAACCAGUUCAAAACAAGACGGAGAAAACAGGUGCUAGUGUUUCUGUUUCGAAAGGCAAAGAACCCGUACGCGACCAACCUGUCAACAACAGCAAGGCACUCAAUUCUUUCUCUACGUAUAAUACCGAUUCCGGCUAUCACGGACUUCCCGAUGAAGAAGAAGAAGAAGAAGAAGACGAGGUUAUCCUGGCUGCCACACAAAUAAUUUCCGACAGCCCAGAACCAGCGGAUGCGCAAGCUGUAGCAGGCCCGUCUACACAACCGCUCGAGGUUGAUACAACACCCAAAGGACCACAUAGAAAGAGUGAGUCGGUUGACAGGCGCACGACUGAUCAAUCAUUCCACUCCGCUCAGGAAAAUUUCCGGUCUCGUGGAGAAACUGUGGAGCCAAUGGAUGUUGCAGAAGAUCACCAAGAAAUAGCAGACGAGGUCACUCCUCGUCCAUUCCCUAAAGCAGGACAAGAGCAAUCCGAAUCUCCGACUCAACCGGAAAAAAUGAUUGAAACCCAGUCUGACUUCAGCGAUGGACAUGAUCAGGAUGAAGAUAUGUCCCUUGACGAAAACUUUGACAAUCUUGGAUCUCCAUCCGACAAUUCGACACCUGCUCGCCCUCCUAUGCGGAAAAAGAGCAGCCUGAGUUUUGCAUCACUACCUGCUCGGGAGCCGUUGAUCAAGAAAAGAAUGUCUCGCACUAGUCAUCUGGAUAUGAUUAAACCAACUGGACCAGGCCGUCAAAGCUACUUUGGUGGCCAAGGGGAAGGGCUAAAACCAUCUACCCUCGGUCUCAAUAUGGAGACAGAGGAUCUGGAUCUGGACAAGAAACAAAAAUCAUUGCAGGCCGAGCCUGAUGACGGGUAUGGAACUUCAAAGUCGUCAACGCAGCGGACGCAGAGACUGCAUGAUAAGAUUAGUAUGCUCGGCAAGACUCAGGCACCAAGGUCAACAAAAUCUAUCGCGCCAUCACAAAGCACCUCUCAACUCAAUUAUCCUGAUUUGCCAAGUAACAAGUCCAACACUGCCAUCAAUGAGUCUACAUCUACAUCAGCGAUGACAAGUCAAGAUGACUGGAUCAAGCCCUUGAAAUCGCCUCACAAAACAACUAUUCCGAAGAGCCAGACAGCGGAUGUCAUGGAGCUUGUCGCAGGGAGCGACUCAGUCGGGAAACUUGAAAAAGGAAAGCUCGCACGUACUGAAACGUUCCACGACCUGCGUGACAAACGCUCACCCACGCCAAAGGGCUCGGUGUUUUCUGCUUUCGGCCACCAUAAAUCAGCAUCUACAUCUACGCCCCCUGCUGGACGAUUCGAACAAGCUGCAAUGCCCGCCUCUAAUGUGGAUGUGGAGUCUACGACACCCUCCGUUUCGCCGAGACGGUUUGAUGGCACAACGAGUGGACCAAAGUCCAAGUUUCAGUCGAUAAUGAAGUCGGCAAAGAGUCUUUUCUCUAGCAGUGCGAGUAUUUCUGCGGCUGCUAAACUGGAAACGCUCUCCUCUCCUAGUGCUUCUCGCUCACAGCCCAACCUCUCGCAACCCCUAUCUAGCCCUCAAAGGUUCUCCCCAAGCCCGCAAAGAGCUCCAAUGCGGUUUCAAAAUAUGACCGAGUUGGAUAAACCUGAAAGGAACAACAAACCACAGUACGCACUAGAAGACCCUUUUGAGGAACCCCGGGUUCGUCAAGAAAAAGCACAACCUAGCAGCAAACCAGAUAAAAUCGAGAAGGCGUCGACAAAGGAGCGUGACAUGCGUGAAACUUCUGCUCCCUCUCAACAAGCUGUGCAAGCAAAUGCAACGAAAAUUCAAAAAGCCCCGCCACAUGUUCCAAGGGACGCUGAAAUUCUUAAUGACGCCGAACAUAAAUUUCCCCUUCCACCUAGCAUGUCUCAUGCUCCUCCUGCUCAGCCCGCUCAGCCGGCCCAAUCUACGAAACUGAGACCUAUGAAGCCAACGAGAGAAGUUUCUCAGAAGCCAAAACCACAGCCAAUGUCGAUCCGUGUCGGUAGUACACUGACCCGUGUGCCGAUGGCUUCAUCAACGUCUUACCUUCCGGAGCCUACUGCGGCUCCGACACCAGGGACAACCAAGCAGCCCAAUCUUUCCAAGAAAGCUAGCAAUUCUUCGCUACAGACUACCGCGUCAAACACGAGCUUCAAGAGUUCAGUGUCUAGCCAAUCGCAGCGGAAAGCGCAAGAUGAACGGGAAGCGGCAUUGCGCAAGGAUGAACAGAAAAAGCGAGCUGCACAACAGAAGCAGCAACAACAGGAAGAAGCUCGACGCGUGGAACGAGAGCGGUCUGUUGUGGAAGACCAAAAGAAAGCAGCCCAACGACAAGUUAUUGAGCAACGCCGGCUCGAAAAUUCGCGCCUAAGACAGGGCAGCCAGCCACCCAAACCGGCAAACGACAUGGGAUCAUCUCUACAACAGGACAAGACAGCUCAACGGGCUGACCCAGGUCCGACACGGCCACCCUCACGAUUGGGCUCCACUCUGCAGUCUUUCAAUCGAUCUAUUAACCAGCCCCCAACGAACCCUGCUAAGCCAGCAAAGAGGCCAUUGGAUGACGAGCCCCAAACUCGAUCGGCAGCACCUGCCUAUCGCCCGUCUGAAAAGCCAGCCGAUGCAAAGAGGCGGAGGACUGAGGACGAAUAUAACCAACAACUUAACCAGCCUCCGCCACUCAAGCAACAGCCAAUUCGCAAGGAAAAUGGAAAGCUUUCACUUAUGGGACACGGCUAUCCACAAGUACCUCAGCCGGGUGUCUCGGUGUACAAGGCGGCGCCCGUGCAGCAAAGUGCAUCAGGUCGGCAGCUGAAGCACGGUGCUCCCAUUGACAUGACACAAUACACCAGUGGGAAGAUACCGUUUGCGCCGAGCAACCCCCCUGCAACGACAGUUCACAAGACCCCCAGUCACAAGACAGCUAAUCUUGCAGCUCAACGAGCGCCGGCGAAAGUGUCCCCGCAAUAUCCUCCUAGCGAGAGCAUUCACCUGCCCGAGCCUAACACUGAUAGCGAGGACGAAGACUCCGAUGCUGACAUGCUUCCCGUUCCUGAUUGGGCCCAGACGGACGAGCUUCAGAGGGCCUUGGCGACUCAGGAGGACUUGCCAACGGAACACAUUUUCGGAAGUAUCGCGCCGUUUAUGAUGGAGGAGGUCUUCAGCAAGGACAAGAAGUUGAAAAAAUUCCGCGAGCGCACGAGCAGCGCCAACUGGGGCGGACCGGACGGCUUAACGCAGGAAGAGAUCAGCCGGGACCAGGCUGCGCGACAGCGACUGCGCACGAACGGGCAGUGGUCGUACCAUGUAUCACGGUGA